CCUACUUAAGAGUUACGACUACUUAUUUUUAAUGCAUAAUAUUUAUGUAUUUACAAGUUAUCGUGAACUGCUUUGCGGUUCGCGUGCGGUUUAAGUGAACAUUAGUAACCACUUCGCGUGAAGGUUUACGGUUUGCAAAUCAGAAAUAAUAAUGAGAAAUAUAUUUUUUUAGUUUUGUCACUUUUGUGUCUGUGUUUGGAUCUGUUCCGACUGUACAUAUUGCCAUUGCUAUAAUUUGAUUCUUUCGUUUCCGCUGUUUCAAUUUCCGUAAUGAGUCGGACCAGGCCUACAGGUGCUGUGAGGUUGAUCACAUUUGACAUCAUGGGAACGCUGAUGAAGCCUAAACUAAACAUUGGGAAAAUGUAUCUGACCGAAGCCAAGAAAUUGGAGAAUGUUAAGUCAUUCCGUGCAUGUACACCAGCUGCUCUCGACAUGGAAUUUCGCAAAGCCUUUAAACACCAUUGGGCUAACCAUCCUAACUUCGGAUUCAACGAAGGCUUCACCUCCAUGGCAUGGUGGCGAAACGUCGUGCGAGACACUUUUCUGGGUGCGUUGGAACGAACUGGGCAAGGUGGCAUGCGAAGAGAGGCCGAAUUUUACCUACCUGUGUUAGCGGACAAUCUUUUCGGAACCUUCAGCCAUUCGAGAUCGUGGGCUUUUUCUAAAGGAGAUGCGGAUGUUCUGAAAAAGCUACGGCAGCGUUUUACCCUUGGCGUGAUCAGUAAUUUCGAUGAGCGGCUAAUCCAGAUUUUGAACGGUUUCAAAAUUGCUGAUGUGUUCAGUUUCAUCGUAAUCUCCAAGGAAGUUGGCGUGUGCAAGCCAGAUGCCGAGAUAUUUGAUAUUGCUUUGCACCGCGCUGGUUUGCGUGAUCCCGCUGACGCAUUACACGUGGGCGACAAUUUGGAGUUGGAUUACUUGGCCGCUCAACGAGCCGGAUGGCGAUCGGUAUGGUUUCAUCCCGUUCAGCAGCCGAACGACGCAGCACAGGUCCAGUUACCGAUGAGCGACGUAAUUUCCACUAUGGACGAACUACUCACUUUACCGGCAAAAUGGAGCACACCACCAGAUCAGCUGCCUAGCCAUCGGAAUGUUUCAUUUUCAUCAAAUAGUUAAUAAUUUUUACUCCGGUGUGAUACAAGCGUGAAAUGAAACAGAGUUUGAUGUAACAGUAUUUUUGCGGUUUUGCAUGGAGUAUCAGAAUGAAUUUUCAACCUUGCUCUCCCGAACUUGAAUAAUAUGCAUAAAACCUGAAAAUUGUUGGAUGCAUAAU